AGGCAAAUUGAUUCGAUUACUUUUACGAAGCGCAUUGUCAGCUCUAGCAGUGCAAUUACGAACGAUAACAACGAAUAAGAUUUGUGAAAUUCAAAUAUAACUUUGCUGCAUUCAUUCUACAGAGAAAUGUUAAUUUUAUUGCGCAAUAAUGCUGGCAGUGCGGCAAUCAGCCAGGCACGUAGCAUUGCCAAACGAUUGCUGAGCACAUCUGCAGGAAACACAAAAACAGAGACUUCACCGGCAACCGAGCACUAUGAUAUCAUAAUUGGCGGAGGUGGCUUAGUUGGAACAACGCUUGCUGCUGCGUUGGUCAACAAUGUGACGCUGGCUGAUAAGAAGGUACUGCUGCUGGAGGGCGCCCCACCAUUCAAGGGCUUUGAUCCCACGGGUCCAUAUCAAAAUCGCGUUUCGGCCAUCAACCGAAACUCUGUGGAGCUCUUUAAAUCUAUUAAUGCCUGGGCACACAUUGAGCAGGCACGAUAUAAGCCAGUAAAACAGAUGCAAGUGUGGGAGUCAAAUAGCGAUGCGCUUAUUCAAUUCCAGCACAAUAAUUUUGCCAGCGAUGUGGCCUGCAUCAUUGAAAAUGAUUUGAUACUCGAUGCGGUCUAUUCACGUGUCAAAGAAUUGUCGGCUAAUGUGGAGGUGUUAAACAGGGCGCGCAUUGAAUGUGUGGGUUUGCCUGGUAAGACGGGCGCACCACAUUCCCAAGUUAAGCUGCAGGAUGGACGCAUCUUUACAUGCGAUCUGCUCAUUGGAGCCGAUGGUGCCAACUCUGUGGUGCGCAAGGAAAUGGGCGUGGACGUUUUCUCAUUUAACUAUGAUCGUAUGGGAUUGGUGGCCACACUGGACCUUAAUAUGGAAGAUGAUUGUGAUAAUUCGGUGGCUUGGCAACGUUUUUUGCCCACCGGUCCAGUUGCUCUAUUGCCGCUGAGUACCAAGCAAAGCUCCCUGGUCUGGAGCACAACAGUGCCGCAUGCUAAGGAAUUGCUGGCCAUGGACGCGAAUGCUUUUGCCGAUGCCCUUAAUGAGGCUUUUUGCAGGCAAUAUCCACGCGUAGAUCUGGCGGACAAGGCGUUGCAAGGGCUCAAUGCUCUCUUCGGCAACAGCGGAGCCCAGCAUCAACGUCAAUAUCCUCCCCAAGUAUGUGGCGUGCAGGAUGGUUCGCGUGCUACAUUUCCACUAGGCUUCUUGCACGCAUCUUCGUAUGUGUGCAAUGGCGCUGCUCUUGUUGGAGAUGCUGCACAUCGCGUUCAUCCACUGGCUGGACAAGGCGUUAAUUUGGGCUUUGGUGAUGUGCGUCACCUGGUGGAAACCUUAGCCGCCGCUGCCUAUGCUGGAUUUAAGCUGGGCGAUACACAGCAUCUGGUUAAAUACGAACGCAAAUGCUUGCUCAAAAAUGUGCCCAUCAUGGUGGGCGUGCAUGGCUUGCACACGCUAUACUCUACCGAUUUUAGUCCUGUAGUACUGAUGCGCAGUCUUGGCCUGCAGUUGACUCAGAAUUUGCCGCCUAUCAAGAACUUGUUCAUGAAGACCGCCAUGGGUUAAAGGGAUUUCCUAACUUUAAGUGCUUACAGUUUUAUAGCCGCUAACAAAUCAAAUAAAGGGUGUUUAGCUAUGCAAUAAAAGGGUUUUAGUUGCGUCUAUGUAUCUUCAAGGCUAGUUAACCCUCUAUAGGUCGAAGGUUCUGUUCCGUCAGUUAUACAAAACUGUUUCCUUUCUUUACAACCUUGGUCAAAAUGGUUUCAAAGAAUAUUUAUUACUAAAUGCAUUUGUUUGUAUAAUCUAUGUGUUUUCUAUUUGUUCUUGACGAGUUGUUCAUUAAAAAUAGUAAUUGGUGGAGCUGAUAAA